CACAGUGGUUUUUCGGGUUGAUCCGACUUCUUUUGGCUGCCGUGAGUUCACUGUAUUGUAAAGGGUACUGUGAAGCGCAGGAGGAGGGGGGGCUGAAUUGGUAAAAUUCUCCCGAUAGGGUACACAUCCGGAGUCUCGACGACCACAGUUUAUCGCACCUUUCAGCUUUUAAGAGCCCGAGUUUUAUUAUUUUUAGUAAUUUAUUCUAUUUUACUCUUAGUUUAUGGUUUACACUCUGGGAGGGCAGAAAUGGCGGCCAACAUGUACCGGGUCGGAGAUUAUGUAUUCUUUGAGAACUCCUCCAGUAACCCUUACCUGAUCCGCCGGAUAGAAGAACUCAACAAGACCGCCAGUGGAAAUGUGGAGGCCAAGGUGGUUUGUUUCUACAGAAGGAGAGACAUCUCCCACAGCCUCAUCCAGCUCGCAGAUAAACAUGCAAAGGAGUUGGAAGAGGAGAAGGAGAACCCAACAGAGACAGAUCUAACAGAAAAACAGAAACACCAGCUUCGCCACAGAGAGCUCUUCCUCUCCCGGCAGUACGAGAGUCUACCUGCGACACAUAUCAGGGGGAAGUGCAGUGUCGCAUUAUUGAAUGAGACUGAAGCCGUUCUUUCAUACCUUGACAAAGAGGAUACCUUCUUCUACUCGCUGGUGUAUGACCCGACACAGAAGACUCUUCUUGCUGACAAAGGAGAGAUCAGAGUGGGACCGCGCUUUCAGGCAGAUGUGCCUGAAAUGUUACAAGAAGGUGAAGCAGAUGACCGGGACCAGGCCAAACUAGAAGAGAAGCUGUGGGAUCCAGAGUGUCCACUCACCAACAAACAGAUAGACCAAUUCCUAGUGGUGGCACGGGCGGUGGGGACCUUUGCCCGAGCGUUGGACUGCAGCAGCUCGGUUAGACAGCCAAGCUUACACAUGAGUGCAGCUGCAGCCUCACGAGAUAUCACAUUGUUCCAUGCGAUGGACACACUGCAUCGUCAUAAUUACGACCUGUCCAGCGCGCUGAGCGUACUGGUCCCAGCGGGCGGCCCUGUGCUCUGCAGGGAUGAGAUGGAGGAGUGGAGCGCCUCGGAAGCGGCCAUGUUUGAAGAGGCACUAGAGAAAUAUGGAAAAGACUUCAACGACAUCCGACAAGACUUUCUGCCAUGGAAGUCUCUGACCAGUAUCAUAGAGUACUACUACAUGUGGAAGACCACAGACAGAUACGUGCAACAGAAGAGACUGAAGGCAGCAGAGGCAGAAAGCAAACUGAAGCAGGUUUAUAUCCCCACAUAUAACAAACCCAACCCCAACCAGAUCUCAAUGACCAAUGGCAAGAUGGCGACAGUGAACGGAGCGGGCCCCGGGGCCUACCAUGCAGCAGGCGGAGGCAGAGCCUGCGAGAGUUGCUACACCAUGCAGUCGGCCCAGUGGUACUCAUGGGGGCCUCCAAACAUGCAGUGCCGCCUGUGCGUUUCCUGCUGGAUGUACUGGAAGAAGUACGGCGGUCUGAAGAUGCCGAGCAGAGCUGAGGGCCCCGAGGAGAGGACCUCCCCGAGUCCAGCAAGCAACGAGUCUCGCUCAAGGGGUCACGCUCCUCGCCAGUCCAACCACAUGGUGCCGAUGCGAAACAGCGGCUCCCCGAAGUCCUCCAUGAAGACCAAGCAGGCCUUCCUGCUGCAGGCCACCCGCCUCACCAAGCUGGCCCGGCACAUGUGCCGUGACAUCAUCAGGCUGCGCCGCGCUGCGCGCCGGCCCUUUGUCCCCAUUAACUGUGGGGCCAUAAAGGCAGAGUACAUGCUAAGGGUGUCCGAAGGGCAGGGGACUCGACUACCCAAAACCAGAGCCGCCCAAAGGAGCACUCUGACCAGUGUUCUGCAGUUUCUAGAGUCCCGUCCGGCGGCCCACGCCCCUCGCUCCCACCGCACCCCGGGCCUGCAGACGCCUCCCCCUCGACGCCUCCUCUCCUCCCUCCCCCACGGCCCCCACGGUAUGCUGGGAAAACGCAGCUACCAUCACCACAGCAGGGCCGAGCCGGACAGGCGCUCAGAGAACCCAGGCACAACAGGUGGACCUCUCUUGCACAACGGGCGCAACAGCGGCAGCGGCAGCACCAGAGGUGGAGUGAUGAUCCGCAAGAGACGCCCCAACUGGAUCGAUGCCCCCGAUGACAGCUUCUUCCUCGUCACCCGGGAGACCAGGAGGGCCCGGCGGCUGCUGUCACGCUCCCAGCUGAGACACGCCUGCCGGCAGCCCUGCGAGCAAAUCACCCUGCGCAGGGUCUCCCAGGGCCCGCCGCAGGGGCUGGUCCUCGCCCCUCCACACCCCCACCCCAGCCUGAGGAUGCGAGGCCCCAUCGUCAUCCACGACUGAUCGGACUCUGUGACCUCCACACCUCCACCUCCACCUCCUGUUCGCUCUCCAGACCCUUCCCUUUGCUUUCAACCCGUAAAUACCAUUAUUCUAACCCCCCUUAGCAACAAUUAAACAAGCUGUCUGGCAACAGAAGGAUGUGAUGCAAUAGAAACAUGAAUCGACUGCAAGUGCUGCCUGUCAUUAAACCCCCACCUGGGAAAGUGUUUGUACGUGUAUAUACUGUAUUUGGGUGCAUGUUGCAGUGUGUGUGUGUGUGUGUGUGUGUGUGUGUGUGUGUGUGUCAGACUCCGCCAACAACACAAACGUGAACGAAGGGAGAUGUUGCUGUUCUUAGUUUUAAUGGAUGGACAUAACGACGGAACUUUGUGUGACCUUUUUGUGUUGAUGGUGAAUUGUUGUGAAGUUUUAUCAGUUUGUAUAUUUUGGGAGGGGGCAUGGGGCUGGGCAAAAGACGGGAAAGGGGUGGGAAAAAAAUGCAUUUUUUGUGGGGGGUUAUUGUGACAUGGGAGAAGAGACGAAUGUCUGCCGUUGACAUAAAAAAAGAACAAAUGCACUAUACUGAGUCUGAAACGGCUGCUUUAGAGUUCCUUUUUUUCAGGCUCAUCUUGAAGUAAAAACGAGCUGGUGCCGGUGUUGAAGAAUGAUGACCCGGAGACGUUAUUUAACAACCCCCCAAAAGAAACGCUGUCAGUUAUUCAUGAUGAAUCUGCAGGGUUUUUUUUUGAAAAUAUAACAAGAAGUAGAAGAGCCAGCUUUACAUCGAACAACAUAAUCCUCCCACAUGAACCAGUGUAUAAUAUAUUGUAUAUCUCAUUACAGCAGUGUAAAUUCUACUCAUCCUAUUUCUAUGGCCGACUGUACCUACCUAAUCUAGCCCUGACUUGGGUACUAAAGCACCUCCUUUGCAGCAGAAAAAGGGCAUGGAUCUGUCAUAUUUCCCUCAAGGCUGUCACAUGCUGGCUACUUUUUGAGGCAGAAAUCAGUGCAACUUUGUCAGCUGCUGUCUGCAACUCUCCAACAACAUCUGUUUUUCUGUUCUUUAACCCUCGUGUCGUCCUGUGGGUCAAAAUUGACCCGUUUCAAAGUUUGAAAAUGUGGAAAGAAAAUUUAUUUUCACAGUGAAACUUCUGAUGUCCACAAUUUCAACAUUUUUGGGAAAUGUUUGAACAUUUUUUGGUGGAAAAAAAAAGAAAUUUUAAAAAUGUUUCUUCAAGAACAUUCACAAAAAAUCAACCAAAAUCCAGCAAAAUUUGCCGGAUUUUGGUUGAUUUAUUGUGAAUGUUCUUAAAGAAACUAUUAGAAGUUUUACUGAUGUGUAUGUAAUCACUGUAGAGAUUUUUAAAUUUUUUUUGAAGAUUUUUACUCAGUUUUUAAAAAUAUUUAUAAGAAUUUUCUUGCCAAAUUUGGGGGAUUUUUUCAAAUUAAACUUUUAAGGGAAACUUUUAAGGAAUUAUUGGAAUUUUCUUCCUGAAGAUUUUGCAAGUUUUCAGAAAUUUGGGGAUUAUUUUGCGGAGUUUUUGGAUUCUUUUCAGACUAGGAAACAAUAUUUUUUGGCGCCCUUAAAUGAAGACAACAGGAGGGUUAAAGCUAACAAUCACAUGUUCCUCUCUCUUCCCCCUCCUUUUUGCUGCAUGACAAUGUUGCCCCAGGCCUCAAAAAGUUGCCCCCUCCUGCAGCCUUCAGGUUGUGUUUAUUCUAAGUUUUGAAACUGGUAUCGCCGCCGCAUGUCUUUGAGGUGAGAGCCUCCACUGACCGAUGGGGUCACAUGAUUUUUUCUCUUCAUUCAGAAUGUUUAUGUUAGUGUUUCCUGUAUGUCAUGUGUUGAAUUAUGAAUAUGCCGAGAAAAAUAAAAAGACAUGCAAACCACUGUUCAA